UGGUUUUCAAAAAAAAUCAAUGAACCAUAUAUUGAACACGGCAUGCAUCUGUUCUGCCGCUUAUCUUGACAUUGCACUUCUAAUAUAAAAUAUGAACUUCACAAACGAAAAGCCUUAAAUAGAUGUUACAUCAGACUAAAAACCUAAGAAGCCAUUUAAUUUUUAAAAUUAAGUAAACGCCCUUAAAUGAAGAUAUCAUUAGAGAACAUAUCUUUUUUUUCAAGUUCCUUCAAACUUUAUUUCCCCUGAAAUCUAUAUUUAUAUUGUCCCGUUUAUUCUCUAAUCGAAUGUUUCUUCCUCGAGUAUAUUUUUAGAAGACGUAAAGACCAUUCUAGGUGUCUGUAAUUAUAUCGAGGUGUACUCGUCCCGUAUCUAAACCUCUGCAGACCUGCCUUAAUGACACCAAUAGGUUUUCAAUGGGUUAUUUAUCCCUACUAUGAACUAUGAAGGGUUUUGACUUCCCUCAGCUCUAUUAUGGCGGUGUCAAAAGGUCUUGAUUGCUCCUGAAUAAUUAAGUAUAAAGCUUGGACUGUUACUGUAACUAAUACACAUUGUUCCAUUCACGCCGCCCCAUCUCUAAACGUCAAAGAUUGAACAGUGUAAGGUGCUCCUCAAGGUUUCUGCUGAGAUCUGUAAGACUACACGACCCUUCAAUCAAAUAUUCAUUAUGUACCAAGUGCUCCUGUUUCUUGAGUGAUGCGGUGUGCUGUGAGGAUAAAUCAAGUCGGUGUCAUAGAGACUAGGGUUGGAUGAGAGAUGCUCACCAUCAGGUGUAGUUCACUUUUCAAGAGUCCUACGUGAAUAUGAAUCAUCCGUGUUUUCCUCAAACAGUGACUGUGGUAAGUACUAUUUAAGAUGUCAUUUCUGUCUUAUUGUCAGGCGCUGCAGGAUCUUCUGUAAACACGUGUAUAUUUACGCCUGUCCUAUGAACGCGCCGAAGUCCUCUUCUUGUGCAUCAACACCACGAGUUUUUGUUUUUAUCCAGCGUGCUAUUCCUACGCAUUUCCACGAGACGAGGCGUGCACAUCUGUCCAGGAAGAAAGUUGACCAACAUAAAAGCGAUUACCUCUGCGUGAAAUCAUAAACGGAUUAAAGGAUUUCGAGAGCUCUUUAUGUAAUUUGCCGCAAAUCCGUGCAGAUUGCAAGCUGUUCGAGAAGUGCACCAAAUAUACGGUCGGAUCUGCUUCUCUGAGGUUCUGCUGAAGAUGCUCCGCGUCGUGUUGCUGUGGUCCAUCGCGCUCCUGGCGGCGAGGAGCUCCAAGCUCUGUCCUCAUCAGUGUUCUUGUUACGACGCGUCGGAGCUGGUGGACUGUCGCUCCCGAGGCUUCUCUCACAUCCCUCACAGCAUUCCUCACGGCACGUGGCUCCUGGACCUGAGUGGGAACAGGCUGUCGGAGCUGAGGAGCACCUCCUUCACGGGGAUAUGGGCUCUCAGGGUCCUCCUCCUCUCACAAAGCAGCAUGCAGGCCGUGCAUUCGAAGGCUCUUUCCUCUUUGACCUUCCUGGAAAAGUUGGACCUGGCCUACAACGAGCUCCGUGUCCUUCCUUCAGAGUUCUCUCAAGGCUUGACCGCUCUUAAAGAUCUCAAGCUGUCCCACAACGCUCUGGAACGCCUCGAGUCCCACUCCUUGGAGGACCUAGAAAGCCUCGAGCGGUUAGAUCUCAGUCACAACCACCUUCAGGUUAUCGAAGUCGGUGCGUUUCGUGGCCUCACCAUGCUAAGGCACCUUAACCUCGCGUGGAAUCAACUGGCGGUCCUUCAAGGAGGCCUUCUCACCAUGCAACAGGGUCUUGGGGUUCUUCUUCUCAACCACAACAACAUCUCCAAGAUUGAAAUCGAAGCUCUGGCUCCUUUACAAACCCUCACCAUUCUGAACUUAGAAGCUAACCAGCUGAGAAGCUUGAAGUUCAAGACGUUCUUAAACCUUCAGACGCCCAGCACACACCUGCAGAUGUCGGAGAACCCCUGGACCUGCGACUGUGAGCUGCACCGCGUCUUCAGCAAGAUCCUUCGCGUCAGGCAUCUUCACGUGGACGACUACAUGAACAUCACGUGCCAUUCUCCGCUCUUGCUGUCCGGAGCGUCUCUGGGUCUGAUGCACAGUCAGCUGUGUGUCGCAGAGACGGCCACCGUGCUGGUGAUUACCGGGACCGUGAUGGUCACGGUGGUGGCGGCUUUGGUUAUGGCAGAACGCAAGCGAAAGAAGCAAAAGAUGAACCUGGAAAAACAAGGCAGCGAUCCUAUGCCUUGGGAGUCUCACAAAUGAAGAAAGGCAACUGUUAUUUUUGCACAUUUUUAGCACUUAUCUACAGGCAAACCAAAAAUGAUUCAGAUAGCAGAUAUAAUUUAUGAUAUUUUGUUUUACUAGCAGGUUUAUGUGACUCAUUAUACCCAAGAAUUCUCCAUACCAGCAGCAUUUGGGAGAAAAAACGAUUGACUCUGACCUGAGCAUGUGAUCAUCUUUCACCACAGACGGGAACAGAAUGAGAACGAGUAAGCUAAAAUGAUUCUUGUGUUCUUAGGUUUAACAUCUGACAGCUAUUCAGUCUAAUAUAUUACCUUUCUAUCAAACUUAUCUGACAUUAUCAAGACGAAUUUGUUCAGACGCAGUUCUUGUCAUUGUACCGUUUUCUAAAUUAUAGUGAAUAAACAGAUGAGAAAGGUGUCUGAAUAUAUUUGGUUUGACUGUGCGCUCAACUGAACAUGAACUAAAAACCGAACCCAUUUACUUUUACAAUGCAUCUCAAGACUUUUGAAUGUUUUGUUGGACAUUCUUCCUAAAGGAAACAAGUUAUUCUUGUAUCUCGUUAUUCUUCUUAUUUUUGUAGAAAACCCCCCUGGAACAAGCGUUUCAGCAAAGCAUUGAUUAAAUGGAUAUUUUCAUGUCAUGUAAUAUAAAAUCAGUAACACUCAUUUUUAGUAGUGUUUAGCAGUGUUGAGGUUAACCAGUUACAUAACCUGAUUAUUUUAGUAAAUGCAGUACUUUUUUUCAUUCAGAAGGAAAUAUCUCUUACUUUUUACUGUUCCUAAAUAAUUAACUCUGGGGUUGCCAUGUUGAGAGAAAUCAGGAGGAAUGCAGAGCAUAGCGUGUGAACAUGAUCUUACUGUAGUUCUACACUAAAGAUCAACAUGUUUACUCAGUGUUCCUCAAAAUCAAUAAAAAAUCAAAU